GCCCACAGUGAUCACAUCGGGCGAUCAGACCACACUGAUCGGCACAGUAGUAUUCGAUGGUCUUUUGUUAGUCGAUCGAAAAUGAUCUUAAACGCUGUAACGAAAGCAGUUCCUGCCUCCUUGAGAGUUAUUAAACCUUCCCUUUUGCAAAAUGAAAUCGCUAAAGUAUCAGGCGUCCUCGCUAUCAACAAAAGAGAUUAUGCUGCCAAAGCCGCAGCUGUUGCUUCCAAAGGUGGUGCACAAGGAAAGGUAGUUGCUGUCAUUGGUGCUGUUGUUGAUGUACAAUUCGAUGAUGCUCUCCCACCUAUACUUAACGCUUUGGAGGUACAGAAUCGUACACCUAGACUGGUACUCGAAGUCGCCCAACAUCUUGGAGAAAAUACAGUGCGCACCAUUGCUAUGGAUGGUACGGAGGGUUUGGUACGUGGUCAAAAUGUGUUAGACUCUGGAUUCCCUAUUCGUAUUCCUGUGGGAGCCGAAACCUUAGGUCGUAUCAUCAAUGUAAUUGGUGAACCCAUUGAUGAACGUGGACCUAUUCCCACAGAUAAGUUGGCCCCUAUUCAUGCAGAUGCUCCUGAAUUUGUAGAGAUGUCCGUUGAACAAGAAAUUCUAGUCACUGGCAUCAAAGUCGUGGAUUUGCUGGCUCCCUAUGCUAAGGGUGGAAAGAUUGGUCUAUUUGGUGGUGCCGGAGUCGGAAAAACUGUACUUAUCAUGGAAUUAAUCAACAAUGUGGCCAAGGCUCAUGGUGGUUAUUCAGUGUUUGCUGGCGUGGGUGAAAGAACGCGCGAGGGUAACGAUCUCUAUCAUGAGAUGAUCGAAUCUGGUGUAAUUUCUCUCAAGGACAAGACUUCUAAAGUAGCAUUAGUUUAUGGGCAGAUGAAUGAACCACCUGGCGCCCGUGCUCGCGUAGCUCUCACUGGUCUCACCGUCGCUGAGUACUUCCGUGAUCAGGAAGGUCAGGAUGUACUAUUAUUCAUUGAUAACAUCUUCAGGUUUACUCAGGCUGGUUCCGAGGUAUCUGCUUUGUUGGGUCGUAUUCCAUCUGCUGUGGGCUAUCAACCUACAUUGGCUACUGAUAUGGGUACUAUGCAAGAACGUAUUACCACGACGACAAAGGGAUCUAUCACCUCUGUUCAAGCCAUUUAUGUACCUGCUGAUGACUUAACAGAUCCUGCUCCUGCUACCACUUUUGCUCACUUGGACGCUACAACCGUAUUGUCACGUGCCAUUGCUGAAUUAGGUAUUUAUCCAGCUGUCGAUCCUCUUGACUCCACAUCCCGUAUCAUGGAUCCCAAUGUUAUCGGCACAGAACAUUAUAAUAUCGCCCGUGGUGUACAGAAGAUCCUACAAGAUUAUAAGUCGCUACAGGAUAUCAUUGCAAUUUUGGGUAUGGAUGAAUUGUCAGAGGAAGACAAGCUGACAGUUGCACGUGCGCGUAAAAUCCAAAGGUUUUUGUCCCAGCCAUUCCAGGUCGCUGAGGUGUUCACUGGUCAUGCCGGCAAACUAGUACCAUUAGAAGAAACUAUCAAAGGAUUCCAGAAGAUUUUGACUGGAGAAUUGGAUCACUUACCGGAAGUAGCAUUUUACAUGGUUGGUCCAAUUGAGGAAGUAGUAACAAAAGCGGAAACAUUGGCCAAACAAUAAAUUAAUUUAGUCAUCUCA